AUUCCGUGACCGUGUUGGCGAACGUCCUCGCUGUAGAGAGUAACUGCAAGUACCCCCGGUACCGGGUGUCGACCCCCGCUUUUUUCGGUUGGGCGCUCUCUCUACAGCGUUGACUGUGAAUCAGCGAAGUCUUUUCGAGAUUCAUCGUAGGUAUCUACCGGAUAACUUCUACUCUCCCAUCACCACGCCGAGGACCGUGUUGAAAGAAAGCAAAGUUACUAUCGCACACUACCAACCGUCUGUCAUUUGGGACUAGUAGCUAUUCUUGGCUUGGCAAGAUUUCUUCCAUCGAAGCCUAGCUACCUUCUUCCUUCGCAAAUCAAAAAGAUUUGCUCAUUUUAUCACUGGGCGAAUCUUCCGACCGUUAGAGAUUUACCGGCAUGGCUGAAAACAAUCUAACAUAAACUCCGCAUUGCAACAAUCGCAACAAACCCAGGAAGAUCCGCAAGACAAAGCAGAUCAUUCCGAAGAAAUUGUCGCCGCUACCGAAGACAACAUGUCCGCGUCCGCGAAUCUUUUCCCGUCCCCACCUCCCUUCAACCCCUUGGCCCGCACGUUCGCGGCCGUACCCCCCAACGUCAACGGCAGCAGCGUCACGAUGCCCAUAGAGACUCCGGAAACGGUAGCAACUCCCGUUACCGUGGAAGCACCACUAACGUUGCCCGAUGCUGCCAAUCUCAGCAACAACGGUAGCAGCGUGGUGUCGAAUUUGAUGCGCGUAUACGAAAGCUUGACGGGGCACGGAGACGGAGAAACCGACCUUAGCAACUCCUACGGCAAAGGGCCAAGUCCUUCAGAACAUACUCCCCUGCCACAAGGUCAUCCCUCCAACAACACCGCCAUUCAUAAAUCUAGCUACCCUCUACACAUCGGCAGCAACACGGAAUCCGCCACCUGGUCCUACGAGACUACUGAUUUGCCCUACCGAGCACCGACUGGCGUGAAUGGUAACGGUAUACGGUUACGAGAAGGCUCCGUGUCCGAGUCCUCCGACCACGUUACCGUCGGCGGUCGUUCGCUGCGCAAACGUUCCGCUCCAGCGCCCCCCGACAGCAAGGAUGGGAACGAAUCUUCGUCUUCCGGUGGCGGUGGAAAGUCGUCACGUUCGUCCAAAGUGCGGCGAAAAGGCAAGGACACGGACGGACGCUGGUCCAAACGCUUCACCUGGCCCGAAGACUUACACCGGGAUUUUGUAUCGGCAAUUUUUGAUGUCGGCUUGAAACAGUCGUCACCGUCCACCAUUUUGGAAACCAUGCCGAAGCAUGCAGACGUCACCAGCGAACGGAUCAAGAGUCAUUUACAAAAGUACCGUCUGCAUCGAAUCAAGUCCAAACAGGACUUUAUGACAGCCUACGAUGCGACUGUCCGUAAACUACAAAAGAAUGGUACGGGCGCUCUCAAGAGUCUAGCCGAUGCGGAAGUAGCGGCACACUUGAUGCACGCCACCGUCCACAAUCACCCAACCGAUCUUGAUCCUAGCCAGUUGAGCGAGUCCAACGACAACGCGUCCAGCAAAUCGCAACCACACCAGACCCACCCACCAGCACACAAUCGAAAAAAGGGAAGUUUACCACAUGAUGCAUUGAUGCUUCCGCAACUUACAGAAAAAGAGAAAAAUUCUCCGUUGGGGACGUCCAUGAGUUAUCUCAUGGGCCUUUUUUUCUCGUUGCGGCAACAACUGAUGGCCCAACGCGAGCAUGCAGCCCUGGCCGUUGCCGCCCGCAAACUCUCCAGCGAGCCCGUGGCCGACGUCUUUAGCUCGUUCGUGCACGGUCACGCGACAGGUUCAAACGACUCCGGCGCUCUACCGAGCACGGCCACCGCUGUCGGAGGUUCCUCCACCAGGAGUAAUUUGGAACAAAGCACCAUGAUGAAACGAGAAAUGGAAAGCCAGAUGGCUUUUCAGAAUAAAAUGCGGGCAUUAAAACAACAGGAGGUGAACAAAUACAAAGGCGAUGGAUUUAGAAUGGAAGAACAACACCAAGAAGGUCUCGAUGGUGGCGAACUGUCCUUCGACAAGACGGAGCAUCCGCAUCAUUUGGCCACGCACGAAAGCAUUGUGUCGCAAGACUACCAGGGGGCUGGCGAAAUAGACGGGGACCACACUCGCGGGCAACAGCAACAUGGCCGCAAUCGUGGGCUAUCUAUCGCGAAUGCCGAAGAAUUCUGGAACACCGAUAUGGUGGAUGAUGAACUAUUCAAAUUUCUCAUGUCGGAUCCGUAG